AUGUCGGUUCCGAUGCCGCCAACACCAUCGCCGAUGUUACCGCCAUCGAUGCCACCAAAUUCUGCCACUGGACCAUUGUCGGCACCAUCCGCCUUCAGCUCGUCGUCCAUCACCGCUCAUCGUUCAUUGCAGACGAUACUGGACGCAAUUAGACACUUAGAAGGUGGCGCGUUAGUGCCACCAACUCCAUCUCCGCCACCGCCGAGUUCUCAAGCGCCUCUAGUACGGUAA